AUGUCCAACGCAAGCUCCAGCACCCAGUUUCUCCUCCUGGCAUUUGCAGACACACGGGAGCUGCAGCUCUUGCACUUCUGGCUCUUCCUGGGCAUCUACCUGGCUGCCCUCCUGGGCAAUGGUCUCAUCAUCACUGUUGUAGCCUGUGACCACCACCUCCACACCCCCAUGUACUUCUUCCUCCUCAACCUCUCCCUCCUUGACCUGGGCUCCAUUUCCACUACUCUCCCCAAAUCCAUGGCCAGUUCUGCCAGGGCCAUCUCCUUCUCAGGAUGCGCUGCCCAGGUUUUUUUCUUUCUCUUUUUGAUGUCAGCAGAGUUUUAUUUUCUCACCAUCAUGGCCUAUGACCGCUACGUUGCCAUCUGCAAACCCCUGCACUAUGGGACCCUGCUGGGCAGCAGAGCUUGUGCCCACAUGGCAGCAGCUGCCUGGGGCAGUGCUUUCCUCUAUGCCUUAGUGCACACUGCCAAUACAUUUUCACUACCCCGCUGCCAAGGCAAUGCUGUGGACCAGUUCUUUUGUGAACUUCCCCAGAUCCUCAAGCUCUUCUGCUCAGAAUCCUACCUCAGGGAAGUUGUGCUUCUUGUGUUUAGUGCCUAUUUAGGCUUUGGGUGUUUUGUUUUCAUUGUGAUGUCCUAUGUGCAGAUCUUUAGGGCUGUGCUGAGGAACCCCUCUCAGCAGGGAUGGCACAAAGCCUUUUCCACAUGCCUCCCUCACCUGGCUGUGGUCUCCCUGUUUGUCAGCACUGCCAUGAUUGCCUACUUGAAGUCCCCCUCCAUCUCCUCCCCAUCCUUGGAUCUGGUGCUGGCAGUGCUGUACUCGGUGGUGCCUCCAGCAGUGAACCCCCUCAUUUACAGCAUGAGGAACCAGGAGCUCCAGGAUGCAGUCUGUAAACUGAUAACUGGAUGGUUUUCUGAAGCAAUAAAAUUCUUCUGCAUAGCAGCUGUAAUGUAA